UGGUCUUCCGCCUCCGACGUGUUUCCGGUCUUAAAGGCAAUUGCCCCUCCCCUUUAAGACGCACCGCCCCUUCUCAGUCACUUCCAAGAUGGCGGACCUACUGGGCUCCAUCCUGAGCUCCAUGGAGAAGCCACCCAGCCUCGGGGACCAGGAGACUCGACGCAAGGCCCGAGAGCAGGCUGCCCGCCUGAAGAAACUACAAGAACAAGACAAACAACAGAAAGUGGAAUUUCGUAAAAGGAUGGAGAAAGAGGUGUCAGAUUUCAUCCAAGACAGUGGGCAGAUCAAGAAAAAGUUUCAGCCUAUGAACAAGAUAGAGAGGAGCAUACUACACGAUGUGGUAGAAGUUGCUGGCCUGACAUCCUUCUCCUUUGGGGAAGACGAUGACUGUCGCUAUGUCAUGAUCUUCAAAAAGGAGUUUGCCCCCUCUGAUGAAGAGUUGGACUCCUACCGUCAUGGGGAGGAAUGGGACCCCCAGAAGGCUGAGGAGAAGCGGAAGCUGAAGGAGCUGGUCCAGCAGCAGGAGGAAGAGGCAGCUCUGCAGGGACCUGUGGAAGUGAGCCCAGCCAGUGACUACAAAGACAAAUACAGCCAUCUCAUUGGCAAGGGAGCGGCCAAGGAUGCAGCCCACAUGCUACAAGCCAACAAGACCUAUGGCUGUGUGCCAGUGGCCAACAAGAGGGACACACGCUCCAUCGAAGAGGCCAUGAAUGAGAUCCGAGCCAAGAAACGUCUGCGGCAGAGCGGGGAAGAGUUGCCAACUUCCUCCUAGACGUCCAACCCAGCUCCCCUUGGCCUCUGGAGCAGGAUAGGGGAUGGGAAAGGACAAGUCUGCUGCUAUUAGGACCCAUCCUGGAGCCCCGCCUCUGAGUCACCUCCUGCUAGCCAGCACUCAGGCUGGAGGACACAGGGGUUUGAUUUGUUUCGCUGUGUAUGUGAUGUGUGUGUGUGUGUGUUUGAGUGAAAGAGUGUGAAUGUGCAGGUGGGUAUUUAAUCUGUAUUAUUCUGUUCUUCUUGGAACACUUUCCCAUGGGGCUGGGAUUACUUUACAUUCAAUAAACACUGUUUGACUCAGU